UCUUUUAAUUCUCGGUAUAGGAUCUUGAAAGAGCUAUAUUUACAAUGAAUGAGAAAACAAUUCAAGGACCUAAUGGAGGUCCAUUGGUUAAACUCCAGGUUGAAGUUGCAAGGCCUACUGGCAGAAACAAGAAACGAGCUCAUGAGGAUUCACACAGCAGUCCUGCUAUGGUUCAGGGUCAUUCCAAACUUUUAAAGGAGGAAAUAAGCGCCAGUCCAUCCAUUAAUCAUAAGUUCAAUGUCCAGAAGGACUUGGAAUAUGCUGCUGAUCCUUAUGAGGCUGCUGUAGUCUCCUUACCUUUAUCUAUUAAAGAACGUUUACUCCGCAUCCUACGUCUUGGAAUUGCUACUCGUUUUGAUAUAGACAUACAACAUCUGAGCAGUCUCAAGCAAAUACCUGAAUCUGCAGCUAUAUCAGUCCUUGACCAGUUCAUGUUAUCGGGAGCUGGUUUGCAAAACAAGGGAGCAUAUCUUGCUGGUUUAGUGUCUAAAUACCUGGUUGAUAAAGCAGGACAUAGUGAAAACUUAGCAAGUUUGUCAAGAGUAGUGGAUGUAACUGCAAAAGAAUCUAAAUUAUUCAGCUUCCCUAGUCGAGUAACUGUACCAGCAGUUGACUCUUUUGAUUACAGCGUGCGCCCGGUGGCCAGGCCUGGAAUUUACAUGCCGCGCUAUUCAGUCUCUGAUUAUCCUUUAUCAAGUCGAGUAGCUGAAGAAAAAGAGGAGGCAAGAGGCUCAGAUUUUGUUUUAUCAAGCGGAGCAUCAGUAGGAAGACUGGUGGAGAGAAGCAUUUCUCCUUUUGAGGCAGCACCAACUUCAUCUUAUGCAAGAGUCGGAUUAGGUUUAAGAGGGGAUGAUCCAUACCUGUCUCCCCCACAGCCUGCACCACUUUCAUCUAGAACUUACCCAAGAGUUGGAGUGAAUUUAAGUUCUGGCAUUACAGCUGAAACUAAUCACCAAGCAGCUCGUCCUCAAGUUAGGUUUGAUCCCUUUACAGGCGAGCCUUACAAAUUCGAUCCGUUCACUGGUGAACCUAUUAGUCAAGAGGCUCUACGCCGACCCCCCUUCUAAAAACUGUUUUAAUUCUCUGUAUUCAAAUGCUUUUUUUGUUCUUUGCAUCGAGAUGCAAUAGCAAUACUGAGUUAACAUUACAGUGUUGUAUGUUAAAUACUUUUGUUGGGCAAAUUAUGCCAUUGGUAUUUAUUGUGAGAUUACCGUUUUGCCU